AUGUCUGCCAUUGAGUUAAACUGCCUCAUUCAUGGUGAUACUCCAGACAUUACUAUAUUUUUUUCAGUAGAAUUAGAUUCUGAAACGACUGUCAACAGGCUCAAAGAAAUUAUUAAAGAGAAGAUUAAAGAGACGAAACAAUACAUUACUUGGGUUGAUGAUAAUGAAAUUGUUCCUAUGGAUAAGAUCAUUUUCAAAGAAGGUCCCCUCAAUCUAGAAGGUGAAAUUGUCUGCACUGAUGUAGGAAUUCGAAUUAAGUUAGUCUAUAAAUCUGAAGAAUUUAUGCUGGAUUCAUUUGCUAAAUUCAUUGAACAAGUUCUGAUAAAACCUUAUGUCUGGUGCAAGAACACAAUGAAAAACUUAAUGUCUGAUGAGCAAUUAUCUUGGUCUGAUUUUCGUGAUCGACGAAACGGUUAUCAGAAACUUUUUCUUGUUCAUAGUACUUUCUCGAAAGAAUUUCAAAGAGAUGAAAUAUCUGCAAUAAAUUUUGGAUUAGUUGAUGGAAGAGAAGCUAUAGUUGUUACUUUAGAUCAACCAAAAGGAUCAUUAUUACAUUUUUAUUCGCCAUCUGUAUAUGAAGGCUUUCCGCAUUGGACGUUUCAAAAAUCCUCCAAAUCCAUAUACAUUACGUUAGGCCUAUUAGUUCAAGUAAAACCGGAAUCUGCUGCUAUUGCCAUAGGAUCAAAGAUUCCUACAGAAUCAAAGAAUGUCACAAGAUCAAA